AUGAGCCGCCACGGGGCGCUGCCCUCCAUGCUCGCGCCGCCGCCCGCAUUCCAAAACGCGAAGACGAUCCGGAGUCCGCGGAAGGCGCCGCGCAUGGGCAGCAUCCGCGGCGCCGGGGGCUGCGGCCCCGUCCAGGGCUGGAGCGAGGCGAGCCCCGACAGCGUCACGCGCCAGUCCAUGUUCGCCCUGGGGCGGAGCCGGCGCUGCCCCGGGCGGCCGAACUCGCCGGCCGUCGACGACGACCUGUCCGUCGAGUCGGUGCAGAGCGCCGACGACUGCUUCGAGCCGCGCGACUCCCCGGAGACCAUCCGCGACUUCGACCGGGCGCCGAAGGACCUCCCGCGCAUCGCCCUGGACCGCCGGUCCGGCGCGCCCAAAAACGCGUCGCCCCGGUCCCUGCUCUUCCGCGCGGUCUCGAUCGCGAACGAGGAGCCCCGGCGCGGGUCGCCGCCGGGCUCGCCGACGGCGUCGCGCGCCUUCAAGGUCGCGCCGGCGCCCCUGGCGCCGCUCCCGGUCAUGCGCACGCCGACGCCCCGCCAUCAUCGGUGA